UAAAGUUAAUCACGCUUCACCACGUUUUUCUAUGCAACGUUAUUACAUUUUCUGGCGACGAGAGAUGAAAAAGAAAACGAAGUUAACAAUUUAAUUCAGAAGAAGUAGCUAAACAGUUUUUUUUGUUUUUUUUCGGAAAAAGUUCUGAAACCGACCCAAAAUACAGUAUAUAAUUUUAGGGUACGUGCAGGGAUUCUGAUUUACAAUGGCGAUGCCAGACAACGUGAAUGUGACCGUUGUCAAUACAGGGAAUAUAAGUAAUAUUAAAACUUUCAACAUCGGAGAUGACUGGGAAAUAUUUGUGGAACGGCUUGACCAAUACUUAAUAGCAAACCGGGUGGAAGAGGAACGAAAAGGGUCGAUUUUGAUUACCUCCGUAAGCGAAGAAGUUUACAAAAUUAUGAAAAAUUUAUGUUAUCCGGAAAAACCAUUUAAUAAAACCUAUGCUGCUUUAUGUACUCUGUUGGAGGAUCAGUUCAAGCAGAAGGUAUCGUUGUUUCGGAAGAGAAUAAUCUUCGAUAAUUUAAGGCAAGGUGAAGAGACUAUUAAUGAAUGGUACGUGAAAGUAAGGAGAGCCGCUGCUGAAUGCGAGUUUGGAACGUUGCUGGACGAGAGGAUUAAAGACAAGUUUGUCGUUGGGUUAAAGCCAGGGGCAGUGUUGAACCGAAUGUGCGAAGAGAAACCGACCAAAAGCAUUGCAGAAUUGGUAGAAGUGGCCCUAGCCAAGGAAGCCGCAUUACGAGAAUCCAGAAGUGUAGAAGUACAUCAGGUUCGGAAAGCGAAGGAAGAUUCUACUUCAAAACGGUGGCAAGUACAGGAUAGAAAGAAGUUCGAUAAAAGUAGGUGCACUGUAGAAGAAAAGAAAAGCGAAGAGGUGAGUGAAGCUCGUUGUUUUCAUUGUAAUAAGACUAAGCAUGAUUUUAAAUUAUGUAAAUUUAAGCAGUACGUUUGUGCAAAAUGCAAAACAAAAGGUCAUAUAGCUGCUGCUUGUAAACGUAAAGUUAAAGAUAAUCAUUUUAUUGAUGAAGAGGACGAUGAUGAUGUUAACGUUGAAACUUUAAAGUUAAUAAGACACCUAUUGUUAUGGAAGUGGAUACAGGAGCAGGUUUAUCUUGCUUACCAUAUGAAAUGUAUUGUAAAUAUUUUUCGAACAUUAAGGUAGAACAGACGGCGGUCAGGUUGCGAUAUUAUGAUGGACCGAUUGUGAAACCUAGAGGUCAAAUCAAGGUAACUGUAACUAUAGGAGACUGUUCAAAGACAUUUACCCUAAUUAUAGUAGAUGGUGCAAAAAGGGCAUUAUUAGGCAGAGAUAUUUUCACUGAAUUUGAGUUAAUAAUUAGGGGUACUAAUGUUUUUUAUAAAGAUGUUUCGUUACAUAAUCGUAAUGUAUCAAUUAAUAAGGUUAAUGUUGAAGUACCAAUAGAAUUAGAUAUUUUGUUAAACAAAUAUAAGAACCUUUUUAAAGCAGAACUAGGCUUAUAUAAGGGUGAGAAAAUUAAUUUGUCAGUAGUUGAGAAUGUAACGCCCACUUUCAUAAAAGCACAACAAAUCCCAAUAGCGUUCAGAGAUAAAGUUAAACAAGAAUUAGCUAGAUUAGAGGGAGAAGGCGUAAUUUGCAAGGUGGACAAUUCUGAAUGGGGUACGCCAUUAGUACCAGUCCUUAAGGCAAAUGGAAAGGACGUGAGAGUGUGUGCAAAUUACAAAAUUACAAUUAACAAAUUUUUAAGGGAUGUAAAUCAUCCGUUACCGUUAAUUGAAGAAAUAUUUUCUUCUCUUGGCGGGGGACAACGUUUUACCAAAUUAGAUUUCUUAAACGCAUAUAACCAGUUAGAAUUAGAUGCAGAAACAGCAAAACUUUUAGCUUGGAGCACACCUUAUGGCAUCUAUGAGGUAAAACGACUACCAUAUGGCACUAAGCCUGCGUGUGCUAUAUUCCAAAGUAAAGUAGAAAAGGUAUUACUAGGAUGUCAAAAUACAGUAAACUAUCUUGAUGAUAUCGUAGUCACAGGUAAAACUGACAAAGAACAUCUGGAAAAUUUAGCAGUUGUUUUUGAGAAAUUGUAUCGUGCAGGUUUUAGACUAAAUAUAAAAAAAUGUGAGUUUUUUCGAGAAUCUAUUUCAUAUUUAGGGUAUAAGAUUACAGCUGAAGGGUUAGGAACGGAUAGUAGAAAGAUAGCUGCAAUUCAAGAAAUACCACAGCCAAAAGAUGUUACAGAAUUGCGUUCUUUUAUUGGAAUGGUUAAUUACUAUUCGAAAUUUGUGCAUAAUUUCGCUGAUAAGUUGAAACCAUUAUAUAAUCUUUUAAAAGAGAGCUCAAAGUUUACUUGGUCUAUACAAUGUGAGGAAGCAUUUCAGUUAGCUAAACGAGAAAUAGCAUCUGAGAAAAUAUUAGUACAUUUUGAUCAAAAUAAACCAAUAAGGUUAGCUUGUGAUGCAAGUCAAAGUGGAAUAGGCGCGGCACUAUCACAUGUAAUGAGGGAUGGUACUGAGCGUCCUAUAUGUUUUGUGUCAAGGGUUUUGACAAAAGCUGAGGAAAAAUAUGCAAUGGUUCAAAAAGAGGCUUUAGGUAUCUAUUGGGCGGUGCAAAAAUUGUACCAAUAUUUAGCGGGACGUAAAUUCGAGAUUGUCACAGAUCACAAACCUUUACAAACAAUUUUUGGCGAAUUUAAGACAUUACCUAAGAUGGCCGCUGGAAGGAUGCAGCGAUGGGCAUUAUUUUUGUCAGGGUUUGAUUAUAGUAUUAGGUAUAUAAAAGGUUCAGAUAAUGUAAAAGCAGACGCCUUAAGCAGAUUGCCUAUGAAAACAGUAGAAAUUAAUGAGGGCGAUGAGGUUGAUUAUUUUAAUUUUUUGGAAACUGUCAAUGUUAUUGAUUCCAUUAGGUUAAGAGCUGAGACAAGAAAAGACACUGAAUUAAGUAAAGUAUUCAAUUUCAUUAGGUAUGGUUUUCCUCAUACCAAAGAUAGUGACUUAUUACCAUAUUGUAGACGUAAAGAUGAAUUAACAGUAGAGAAAGGAGUAAUUAUGUGGGGCUACAGAGCAGUAAUUCCUGCUAAAUUGCGACAACAAUUGUUAGCUGAAUUACAUAGUACACAUGAGGGUAUUAGCAAAAUGAAGGCUAAUGCUAGAGCAUAUUUUUGGUGGCCCGCUCUAGAUAGUGAUAUUGAGAAAUGUGUAUCAUCAUGCAGGGGAUGUAUGCAUAGUCGAUCGGAACCUAAUAAGUCAGUAUUGACACCAAAUUUAAAAACGUAUACAGCAUUUGAAAGAGUGCAUGCCGAUUUUUUGGGCCCUAUUAAAAACAAAAUAAUUCUUGUUAUCAUUGAUAUGCAUUCAAAAUGGCCUCAAGCUUACAUUAUGAACAGCACUGAUGCUGGAACAACUAUAGAGAAAUUUAGGGACUAUUUUUCGAUUUUUGGAUUACCAAGUGUUUGUGUCACUGAUAAUGGUCCACAGUUUACUUCAAACGAAUUUUCGAAAUUUUUAAGUAUGAAUGGAGUGAAACAUGUUACUUCUCCUCCAUAUCAUCCAUCAAGCAAUGGAUUUGCAGAGAAUUUUGUAAAGAGUAUUAAGAAUGGUAUCUGUAAGUCGUUAAAGGAUGACUCAAAUCGAGGUGUUUCUUUAGAAACAAUUUUAAAUCGAUUUUUGUUUCAUUAUAGGAACUCGGUACAUACUAGUACUGGAGUAACCCCAUCUAGCUUAGUAUUUAGGAACAAACCGAAAAAUAGGUUAGAUAGGUUGUUAGAAGUAAAGAGUAGUAGUGACAAUAAGGUAAAAGAUUAUAAAGGAAACCGACAAGUAAAUUUCAAAAUAGAGGAGCGAGUUUGGUGUAGAGAUUAUAGAAACCCAAAUAAAAAGGGAUGGGUAGAAGCAAAAAUUGAAGAAAUAAUAAAUGAAAGAGUAUAUUUAUGUAGGGUACUUGGAGAAGAGUUAAUAUGGAAAAGACAUGUUGACCAAAUUUUAAAAAUGAAAGGGGAUAAGGUAGAGAAUAUGAGUAAGACAGUAGAGACAGGGGAACGGGUGCAAUUUCAAACAGUUGAUAAUGAAAUAGGUACGAAACUUAAUAAUAGUAAUAUUAGAAACCCAGAGAAUAUCGAAAAUGAUUCCCUAGUGAAGGUACAACCAAAUAACGAAUGUAAAGAACAAAAUUUAACCUCUGAGUCAGAGUUGGUAGUUAAUACUGAGAAUAACUUCAGUAACAAUAGUUCUGGGGAGGAUAACUUUUGCUCUAAAAAUAUUGUGUCUGAUUGGAAUAGUAAUAGUAGACCUAAGCGGGUAAUAAAACCACCAGUACGUUUAAAUUUGUGAGGGGGUAUUGUAGUAUCGUAAGGUGUAAACUGUACUUUAGUUUUAACAAUGAAUCGUAUGUAACUAACUUCAGGACAUAGAAUAAAGUUAAUCACGCUUCACCACGUUUUUCUAUGCAACGUUAUUACAAUCUGAAUCAUCGCAAGUUCAGAAGCCCCAGCGUAUCCAAAACGCUCAAAGAGGAUCAUGCAGCUGUCCAAACAAGGCCCAGAAAUGUCAUCUGAUGCGACAGAACCUGAGGAGUUUGAUCAACCCGAUUCAUCAAAUCGGAAGAGAUAAAGAUAAAGAGCAGCCACUAUAGAUCAACACACCAACGUCGUGGAUCGUUUCGGUUUAGGUUGCGUCAAUUCAGUCACUCUAAAAUCAUCAUUUUGCGACAAAAAAAUGGCUAAGAGACU